UUCUGGAUCACUGCCCAUGUUGUGAAAUCUUAUCAGAAACCCAAGUAAUUAGUUAUUUGAAUCCCAAGCAUUCUAUUUGUUACGCCUGAAAUCAUUUAAACGCAAACAACCUCGCAGCGCAAGCCAACCAAAUAUAACGAAUGAUUUAACGCAAUUGAAGGACGAACAUGUCAUCUGUUCAAAACACCGAGCUAGAAAAAUUAUUAGUUCCAGUCUGCUAACCUCACAAAACGUUCGCCAAUCUGCCUGCAUCUAAAUCCGUCGACCUGCUUGCCCAUUCUUCAUCUUCUUCUGAGAACCGUUAUAUAUUUUUCUUGCGAUUCGAUUGUCCUCUUUUGCAUCAUCAUUGCAUAUUUGCACUGGAAGCGAAUAAUUAAUGGAUCCAGCAGAAGUACGGCGAGUAUUCCAAAUGUUCGAUAAGAACGGGGAUGGUAAGAUCACGAAGAAAGAGCUCAGCGACUCCCUAGAAAACUUGGGGAUUCGCAUCUCGGAUCCGGAUAUGAUCCAAAUGAUCGAGAAGAUUGACAUAAACGGAGAUGGGUGCGUCGAUGUUGACGAAUUUGGAGAAUUAUACAAAUCAAUAAUGGACGAUAAAGACGAGGACGAGGAUAUGAAGGAGGCGUUCAACGUGUUCGAUCAAAACAGGGAUGGGUUCAUAACAGAAGAAGAAUUGAGCACGGUUUUGGCUUCUCUGGGGCUGAAACACGGGAAGGCACUGGAAGAGUGCAAGAGAAUGAUCAAGAAAGUGGAUGCAGAUGGGGAUGGAAUGGUCAAUUUUAUGGAGUUUAAGCGAAUGAUGAAAGCCGGUGGGUUUGCCGCUGCCUCUUUAAGCUGAUACAAACAGAGAGGGUGCGAGUCUAUCCUCUCAUCCGUCAAUGAAAUAAUUAUAUGGGUUUACGAAUAGAUAUUGCAUAUACUUGCUUAUGCGGAUGCUUAUGAAGAAAAAAACAAUUUAGGAGGCCCUUUUCUACUUGGUUUCAUGUGUUAUACUCCCAUCAAAUCCACCAUAGCACGACUUCACAGUUUAAGAAUAUUAUGCUGUUUUGGUUUCUCUAUUUCUCAUAUAUCCUCCUCGAUUUCCUUAAUUUUUAACCAACAUCAAGGG